AUGGCGCCCGGAUUGUGCGAAAAGACUGGCAUUGAUGAAGAAGAAGCUGCUCUCUAUGAUCGACAGAUAAGGCUUUGGGGUGUCGAGGCUCAAAAUCGGAUGAGAAGAAGCUCAGUUCUAAUGAUCAAUCUCAGGGGUAUUUCCACCGAAGCCUGUAAGAACAUCGUCCUAGCCGGAGUAGGCUCGAUUACUAUUUUAGACCAAAAUGAUGUAUCACCAGAAGAUUUGGGCGCUGGGUUUUUCUUUCGCGAGGAAGAUGUCGGCCAAAAACGUGUGGUUGUUGCCAAAAAGAGAGUUAAUAGUUUGAACCCCCGAGUCAAUGUCAUUGGACUCACGGAUGAUCUUGAAUCCAAGAUCGACGAAGACGGCUUUUUGGCCAGCUUUGACAUUAUCUGUCUGAACGAUUCCAGGUCAUCGGUGAUUGAAAGAGUCAACUCCCUUUGUAGACGCGUUCAAAAGCCAUUUUUCGCAGCAGCCAGUCUAGGCGUCCAUGGCUAUAUUUUUGCCGAUUUACUCGAUCACAUGUAUCUAAGUGAAAAGGAAAAAACGCUGGACAACGGUGAAAUCAGAAAAACUUCAGAAAAAAGAAACCAACAGUUUUUACCAUUCGAUACUGUCCAGAAAUCCCAGCUCAACCAUGUCACACCAAAGCGAAUCAAGAAGGUAUCCCCAUUACUAUGGGCUUCUCUUGUCUUAUUCGAAUUUCAAUCAAAACACAACGUUGACUAUCCCGAAGGUGAUGAGCAUGCUUCCGACUUGGUCAAAAUCUCGGACGAACUCCUGGAGACCCGUGGAGUUGACAAAUCACUUGUCCCGCAUGACCUGUUGAGGCAGCUGGCAAUAACAUCUCGGGCCGAGUUCAUCCCCUCUUGUGCAGUAAUUGGCUCGAUUUUGUCGCAGGAAGUUUUGAACGCGUUGGGUGGAAAACAAGCCCCACUGGCGAAUUUCCUUGUCUUUGAUGGUGAAAAAUGUUCAAGCGAUAUCUACGCUCUUGGGGUUCAGAGGACUCAACCGUGA